AUGGAAGGAGUCAGCGCCAACAACGGAAGCAUCGUCAACCAGCCUCAUCUAUCCAGCGUUAACGUUCAAGGGAAUCUGACUCUUAACACAUAUGGUCUUUCAGAAAACAUCAGAAGAUGUCAAGAUGACCUGAAAUCUUUCCUUAAAGAUGAAACAGAGAAAAUCCGUGAAGGAUUAAAGGAAGAUGCAUCAUGGAGUUUGUUAGACAAGAUCUACACAGAGCUCUACAUCACAGAAGGAGAGAACGGGGCAAUUAAUGGAGAACAUGAAAUAACUGAAUUAGAGUGUUCAAGGAAUACGAGCGAGGAGAGGAAAAUAGAUCUUAAUCACCUUUUUCAACCUUUGUCAGGAGAAGACAUUCCUCGUAAAGUUUUGACAAGGGGCAUCGCUGGCAUUGGAAAAACUGUGGCUGUGCAGAAGUUCACUUAUGAUUGGGCAACUGGAAGAGCCAACCAAGGGAUCCAGUUCAUAUUUCCCUUCAGUUUCAGAGAACUGAACUUAAUAAAAGAUGAGCGUUUGAGUCUUAAGGAUUUAAUAUGCCAACAUUUUGAAGAAGUUAAUGAUUUGGAAAUAUCAGAUUACAAAAGCUGUAGUGUUUUAUUCAUUUUUGAUGGUUUGGACGAAAGCAAAUUAGCGCUGGACUUCAGUAAAAAUCAAAUGUGCCGCAGUGUUACAGCGCUUACAACAGUGGACGUCCUACUGACCAACUUACUAAAAGGGAAACUGCUGCGCAACGCGUCCAUCUGGAUCACGAGUAGACCGGCUGCAGCCAGUAAGAUUCCUCCCGAGUUCAUCGACAGAGUGACCGAGGUACGAGGUUUCACUGACGAGCAAAAGUAUGAGUACUUUCAGAAGAAAAUCAGUGACAAUGUUAUUGCUCAGAAAAUCUAUGACCAUCUUCAGUCAAAGCCGCUCAGAAGUCUGUACAUAAUGUGUCACAUCCCAAUGUUCUGCUGGAUCUCAGCCACGGUUCUCCAGAGCCUCCUCACUGAUCAACAACAAACCGAGUUACCCAAAACUGUGACAGAGAUGUAUACACACUUCCUGAUCGUCCAGACAAAAAGCAAACAGAAGAAAGAUUACCAGGAAGGAGAAACAGACCAACAUCUGAUCAUGAAGUUGGGGAAGUUGGCAUUUGAACAGCUACAAAAAGGCAACAUGAUCUUCAAAGAAGAAGAUCUGAAAGACUGUGAAAUUGAUCUGAACCAAGCUGCCGUGUAUUCAGGAAUCUGUACGCAGAUCAUCAGAAAAGAAUGUGGUCUUUACAAACAAGAGUUUUACGCUUUUAUACAUUUAAGUGUUCAGGAGUUUCUUGCUGCUCUGUAUGUACUACAGACCUUCAUAGAGAAGAAGAAGAACCUCCUCUACCACGGAGUGAUGGUGAUGUCAGAGGAAGGAGAAAUUCUUAUCAUCUUCCUCCACAAGAGCGCGGUGGAUAAGGCCCUGAAGAGUGACUCUGGAGAGUGGGACUUGUUCCUGCGCUUCCUGCUUGGCCUCUCUCAGGAAACAAAUCAGAGACUUCUUCAGAGCAGACUGGGACUUAAAGAAGGGAGUCCACAGAGCUACCAGGACACCAUCGACUACAUUCACGAGAAGAUCAAGAAACUUUCUUACACUGACAAGAGUAUCAAUCUAUUCCACUGUCUCAAUGAGUUGGGUGACCGGUCUCUAGUAGAGCAAGUCCAAAGCUACCAGAGCUCUGGAGAUGUGAGCAAAAUUUCACCUGCUCAUUGGUCAGCUCUGGCCUUUGUGCUGCUUGUUUCGAAAGAUGACCUGUCUGUCUUUGAACUGAAGAAAUACUAUGGCUCAGAUGAGGUUCUGGAGAGGCUGGUGCCAGUGCUCAAAGUGUCAAAGACCGCUCUGUUAAGUGACUGUAACCUCACUGUCAGAUGCUGUAGGGUCAUCACUUCAGUUCUCAGCUUCAAAUCUUCUGGUUUGGAGGAGUUAGACCUGAGUGGAAAUCAACUGCAGGACAUUGGAAUAGAGCCCCUCGCUUCUGGACUAAAAAGUCCCCACUGCAAACUUCAGCGACUCAGCUUGAGACGGUGUGGCAUUACUGAAACUGGAUGCAAACCUUUAACCCUGGCUCUAACUGAGAAUCCUUCCCACCUGAGAGAGCUGGAUCUCAGCAAAAAUAAAUUCCAGGAUGAACUGAUGUUAUUUCCAGUCAUUGCUGAAAAAUGCUGCUUGGAAACACUGAGGUUAUCUGAUUGUGGCAUCACGGAGUACGGAUGCAAUCUGCUGGUCUCGGCUUUUUGCUUAAAUCCAUCCCACCUAAAAAACUUGGAUCUAAGUAGGAACAGUCUGGGAGACAAGGGAGUUGCUCGUCUCUCUGACCUCCUGAGGAGCCCUGACUGCCAGCUGCAAAGAUUAUGGCUUUUUAAGACAGACCUCCAAAGUAAAGAUGCAGAAGUUCUUGUCUCAGCUUUGGUUUCCAACCCUUCACAUCUGAAGGAACUGGAUUUGGGUGCUAAUGACCUUGGUGAUGCCGGAGUCAAGGAAGUAGCUGCUCUGCUGAAGCAUCAAAGCUCCAUGAUCGAUACACUGAGAUUAUCUGGCUGUCGGUUUACGAAGACGGGCUGUAUUGAACUGGCCUCCAGUCUGAAGUCCAACCCCUCCUACCUCAGAGUCCUGGAUGUGUCCAGAAACCACCUCCUAGACCUUGGAGUUGAAAACCUUUCUGAAUUCUUGGCAGAGCCACUUUGCAAACUGGAGACACUGAACCUGAAGUGUUGCACUUUAACAGACUCCUGCUGCCGACUUCUGACCUUUGCUCUUAGCUGCUCCUCUGCUCUCAAAGACCUCGACCUGAGCUUCAACCAGCUGAAGGACCAAGGGAUGAAGCUGCUCUGUGAUUGGCUAAGAAAACCCAAGUGUCAGCUGGAGAUACUGAGAUUGUCCUGGUGCACAGACAGAAGCUGCCAGUCUCUGGCCUCAGCUCUGAGCUUGAACCCUUCACACCUGAGAGAGCUGCACCUGAGCAAGACCAGUCCAGGAGGAUCAGGUCUGGAGCUCCUCUCGGACUUAAAGGAGCUGAAGCUGAUGGUGACGGAGUGAUCACACCUCAGACUGAGCUGGACGAGGUUUAUUCACAUCAGAUACCUCCUACAGCUGUGUUCAAACAAAAACAUGA